CGGAGGCCGAGGGCGACCACUGCAGCCUCCGCCUCCUGCUGCUCCGGACGAUUCUGCGCUGGGCUAGUCGGCGGUGACCUGGACUGCGCCGGGCAGUGGCUUCGCGGGCGACGCGUCGCCAUGGGCUCUCGCUGGAGCAGCGAAGAGGAGAGGCAGCCGCUGCUGGGGGCCGGGCUUGGGCCUGGGCUGGGGGCCUCCUGGAGAAGCCGGGAGGCGGCGGCGGCGGCGCUGCCCGCGGCGGUCCCGGGUCCCGGGCGGGUGUACGGGCGCCGCUGGCUGGUGCUGCUGCUCUUCUCGCUGCUGGCGUUCCUUCAGGGCCUGGUCUGGAACACCUGGGGUCCCAUCCAGAACUCGGCGCGCCAGGCCUACGGCUUCUCCAGCUGGGACAUCGCGCUGCUCGUGCUGUGGGGGCCCAUCGGCUUCCUGCCCUGCUUCGCGUUCAUGUGGCUCCUGGACAAGAGAGGUCUCCGGAUAACUGUGCUCCUGACAUCCUUCCUUAUGGUUUUGGGAACUGGUCUAAGAUGCAUACCUAUAUCAGACUUAAUGCUUAAAAGAAGAUUAAUUCAUGGAGGACAGAUGUUAAAUGGAUUGGCAGGUCCAACUGUAAUGAAUGCAGCACCAUUUCUCUCCACGACGUGGUUUUCUGCAGAUGAAAGGGCCACAGCCACAGCUAUUGCAUCAAUGCUCAGUUAUCUUGGGGGAGCAUGUGCAUUUUUAGUUGGACCACUUGUUGUUCCAGCUCCCAAUGGGACAUCACCUCUUCUUGCUGCAGAGAGCAGCAGGGCGCAUAUUAAAGAUCGCAUAGAGGCUGUGUUAUAUGCAGAAUUUGGAGUUGUCUGCUUAAUAUUUUCUGCAACACUAGCUUAUUUCCCACCCCGACCUCCUCUUCCUCCCAGUGUUGCUGCAGCUAGCCAGCGGCUGAGUUAUCGGAGAAGCGUUUGUAGAUUAUUAAGCAAUUUUCGAUUUUUGAUGAUUGCUUUAGCAUAUGCCAUACCACUUGGUGUAUUUGCUGGCUGGUCUGGAGUUCUGGACUUAAUUUUAACACCAGCGCAUGUCAGCCAAGUAGAUGCUGGCUGGAUUGGAUUUUGGUCUAUAGUUGGAGGCUGUGUUGUUGGAAUAGCUAUGGCAAGGUUUGCAGAUUUUAUCAGGGGUAUGCUGAAACUAAUUCUUCUCCUCCUGUUUUCUGGAGCUACACUGUCAUCCACGUGGUUCACGCUGACCUGUUUGAACAGCAUCACACACCUACCUUUAACCACAGUGACAUUGUAUGCCUCCUGUAUUCUCCUGGGAGUGUUCUUGAAUAGCAGUGUACCUAUAUUUUUUGAGCUUUUUGUGGAAACUGUCUACCCAGUUCCAGAAGGAAUUACUUGUGGAGUUGUCACUUUUUUAAGUAAUAUGUUUAUGGGAGUACUUUUAUUUUUUCUCACAUUUUAUCAUACAGAGUUGUCUUGGUUCAACUGGUGCCUUCCCGGGUCGUGUUUGCUCAGUCUCCUUCUCAUUCUGUGCUUCAGGGAAUCCUAUGACAGACUCUAUCUUGAUGUGGUUGUCUCCGUUUAAUAGCACAGACUUGAAGGAGUUUAAAAGGAGUCUGGAAAUCAAUACUGCACACUGCACAUUUGCUCGGAAUUGCACAUCUAACAGGAAAAGAGGGAGAAGAAAGAAACUUCAUUCAGAGGUUUUGUUAGGUUACAGAUUAUCACAUUAAUUUAAUUACUACUAGGUAAUAAUGAUGGCAGACUUGAGUGAUAAUAGGGAAUUUUAAAGCUCUACAGUUGGCAUACCUGUGCCUGAUUCUGGGGUUGGAAGUGUGACUUCUUACACGCAAAGCACUACCUAAGUAAUUCUCUCUCUGUUUUGUGCCCGUGCUAAACUACUGAUUACUUGUAAUUAUGAAAAGAAAUAAAGGGUGUCUAUCAUAUGAAGAUAACGCCUUCCCUAAGUCACAUAUCAGAAUAGGAAGAUAUGCCACUAACUUCUAAAGAAGUUCAAACCCUGUAUCCAAUUUUAGUGAUAAAAUAGCCACAUGUACACUACAUUUUUUCUAAUAAAGCCAUUUCUUAUAUGACUCCUUAUUUUAAUCAGGUCAGAAGCCCUUGGCCAUCUUUACUAUGGUGAUCAGGUGCAUUCCAGUGACUUCCCAGCAUAGGCACUGUAUCUCUGUCUCAACUUAUCCUUGUUUCUGUGAAAUACAAUUUCAUCUACUAGGCCCUUAAAUAAUUAUAUGAGGGUGACUAAAUGUUUAAUAUAAUUACAUUUAAUAUUGUAUGAAAAAAUGUAACUCCAUUAGGAUCUAGCACUUUGUUACAAGUGAAAUGACAAGUCACAUGGACAUACUGUGUCUUCUGCCUGUAUAUGGUGGCAUGAGAUGUGACGUCCAGAGCCAACAAUUAUUUACCAGGGUUAGAUUUUAUUCAGUGACCCUCGUUUAAAAAUAAUAAUUUAUCACAUUGAAACUUUCAGCUGUGUCGAAUGAUUUCUGAAUUACAUCCUGUGUUUCAGCUUAGGUUGUAAAAUACUCUGUUCUCUGUGGAGUCAGCAUAUUUGAGAGGGCAGCGUUUUGCCAGUACCUAUCUUCUUUCUACAGAUGAUAGCUUUUUAAGAAAUAAGAGUUCCACAUUGAGUGGCUGUCAGACACAGAUUUCACUGUGACAUAAAAUACACUGCAGUGAGAGUAUGGUAUCACCACUAUUCAUAUUUACAUCAUUCCCCUCACACAGAAAAACCAACCCUUUUCCCAAAAAGUCAAGAAUACUGCUAUACCUUUAUUAUUCUCAGCUUCCUCCAGCCCUUCUUCUUGUUUUUCCUCACUUGAAAUUGAACCUUCAUUGUCAGCUAAGUAUAUACACUUUUGUGUUUUCCUGGACAGAGUGCAAGUGGCUCUUAUCAGCCAAGGUGGUGAAGAUUCAGGAAAGCUGGGCAGCACUGGACCCUGCUCCUCCCUGCACCUGUGUGCGCCAUGACACACCCACAUGCAGAUUCCCAAGUCUCUCUCCCCUCCCCCUUAGCAAGUACAAGGCUGUGCAUUAACUCACCUCAGUCCUAGAGGAGUAUCCUAGUACUGCUUGGCAACUUCUAAGACCCUAACUUGUGAAACUAGGAAAGUAAGAAACCGUUCAAAUUUAACAUCUGUCUUCAGUCAUCUUUAAAUCGUCUCUCUUUAUAAACACCGUGCUCACUUAGCAGAAGGACUGAAGGAGCUAAGGAACUUGCUAAAGAGAAGAAGAAAACAAAAGCUAGACUUAGUUCCAUUGAAUUCUGUUAUUUUUCUGAAAUAAAAAUGAAAUGAAGGCAGAAUUCUCUUUUUUUUUUGUUGUUUUUUUGUUUUUUUUUUUGAGACAGGGUCUUGCCCUGUGGCCGAGGCUGGAGUGCAGUGGCAUGGUGCGAUCCCAACUCACUGCAACCUCCAUGUCCCAGGUUCAGGUGAUCCUCCCGCCUCAGCCUCCCAAGUAGCUGGGACUACAGGCAUGCACCACCAUGCCUAGCUAAUUUUUCUGUUUUAAGUAGAGACAGUGUUUCUCCAUGUUGCCCAGGCUGGUCUCAAACUCCUAAGUGAUCCGCCCGCCUCAGCUUCCCAAAGUGCUGGGAUUACAGGCAUGAGCCACCACACCAGGGCAAGAAGGCAGAUUCCUUGAAGAUGAUACAAAGCCAGCCAUUAAGGAUAUCCAUAGACCAUGACCCGGAUGCUAAAUAAGCACCACCCCUUCCUGUUCAGAGGGAAGAUAGAAAGGAGAGGGAAGAAUUAUAAGGUAUUUGGUUUUAGUCAGAACUAUUAUGUUUGAGGAUGUUGUGAUAUAACGUUCUGCUAUAGUAAGAUUUCUUGUGUAGAACAUUUUAAUUAUGGUUAAUUGCACUUCUUUUUUUUAAGGGACAGGAUCUCAGUAUGUUGCCCAGGCUGGACUCAAACUCCUGGGCUCAAGUGAUCCUCCUACCUCACCCUCCCCAGUAGCUGGGACUACAGGCAUGCACCACCACACCAGGCUUAAUUCUUCUUUUAACACAAAGUAGAAUAACACUUUAAAAGUAUUACCUAAAUGACUAAUUAGUUCAAAACAUCCCAAGUGGUAGUGAUUAAAAAUUCUUGCAUUUUUCAGAAUUCUUGUUUUUAGAAUACAUGAGGUGAGAUGAGUCCCUGUACUUUGUUUGUAUGUGCUUACCCCUCCAGCAGGUAAUUGUUCUAAUUAUAGACUGCAACUGUUUUAAGUGAUCAAAAAUUUCAUAUACCAAACCUGACAGGAAGGGAACCAAAAGUCUUGGGGGUGGGGAGAAGAUUACACAUCAUUUACUUGAAUAUUGCAAAUCAUAUUUUCUUUUGGUUUUUAUUUCUAUCAUGCAUCAAAAUAGACCAGCUGCUUUCUUUGCACUUUCUAACCAUUAUAGAAUCCUAACGAAAUGUUACAGCUGAAAGAAAUCUUAGCCCUUCACUAAUCCAAACCCUCAUUUUAGAAUUUAUAGAAAUGAUUCUAGAGAGGUAAAGUACAACUGAGGCUCACAGUUUCUGACUCCUAAACCAGGUAUUUUUUUCCUGCCUCACAGAAUUGCAGCUUAAUUUAGACCAUUUUGGGUGUGCAUGAAUACCUUCAUGUUAAAAAAUGAUAGGGCUUUAACAGUAAGCUUCCGUUACUGAGUAUGGGAAGUACAAGGAUUAAGUUAAGGUGAUUAUUUGGUUUGUAAGUAAAAUUCUCUUUUCUCCAUCACUAUCCUGUAGAUGCUCUGACAGCUCUUAGCUCUUGGGUUGCAAUGACAUCAUGUAAAAAGAUUCUGAUGAAUAAUUCAAUCCCAUAAACUAAGUCAACACCAAUAUUAAGUGGUAGGGACAUGCUGUAGUGCAAGUUCCCUGUGGCUUAUCAAUUAAUACUUCACAGUUUAUGGGAAGAAGCAUUUUUUAAUAUGAUCCCUGGUGGAGGUAUAGAAACAAGACAGUUGUAUACCCAAAUGCAUUUCACUGGAGGAUGGAGCUAAUUACAAGAGAAUCAAAUACAAAUGUAAUUUUGUAUAUUUAAAUAUAUAUGGCCUGAGGGCCAAGUUUUUUCAUAGAUCAUAUACUCGUGUUUAAUUAUGGAGAAUGUUUACAGCUUGUUUUUAUGAAGCCCUUCUAACGAGAGAUCUAAGCUAAGGGAUUUUAAAUUGAAGAGAUUAAAUCCCCAUCUACUUAACUUUUAAUUAGUUUUUUUUUUUUUUUUUUUUUUUUUUUUUUGCUAUUUUACUAAAAUCCAGGCAUUCAUCUUACUGUUUGCAUAAGUACAAGCUUCACUUUAGGCUCAAGAUUGAAUAAAAAUGCAUAGCAAAUUUGCUUUAAAUUAAUGUUUAAAAAAUCACAUUGCACAUUUGUCCCUGAAAUAAGUACGGAAAUUACUAUCAUUUUGCCAUAUUAAGGCAAGUACUAAAGCUGUGAUAUGAAGAAAAUGUCAUAUUAAAAAAGAAAUGCAGGAAACUAUGAGAACAUUUUAUCAAACCUGUUUUAUGAAUAUAGGAGAAAAAUGCAAUUCCACUUUGAUUUGGAAUUAUAUUCAUGCAGAAGGGACAAGAUAGUUUAUUUCUUUACUAUCAGACAAUGUGCUGGUCUGUUAGGAAAUGUGAGCAAUACUCAAAGGGGAUGUUUCUGGGUGUCAGAAAGUCAGUUCAAGAAAGUGGAACAGGACUUUACAUUGGGCUUUGGGGUACUUUGUGCUCAGUAGAGGCGGGGUGGCCUGCUCACUCAGCAGACAUCUUGGCUCUCGAGCUCAUUUCCUCACGUGUCCUUCUGGUUCAGAUGGAACCUCAAACUUAGGAGAGGAUUCCAGGAACUAAUACAGAGGCCCAUAGGGGUCCAUUGAGGGUGUCAUCUCUGGCCAGGGGGAUGGGAGUGAUACAGGCAGUUACAUGGCCCUCAGUCUCUCUGAUUUACAUUUGUUUGUGGUCAGGAUUUAGAUCACUUGAUGAUUUUCUGAGGCUCUGACUCAUCAGAUACCUUUCUCAACCCUUGGAUGAAUCUGACCUCAGCUCUGUCCCCGAGACCUUCAACUUUCUCGAACUGACUUUCUGACACAGGCUUCUUCACCCUCAACCCCUCUCCAGGGUCCCCGGCAGAAGUCCAUUCUCAUUCCCGAGUAGGAAAUAAGGCCAUAUGCUCAGUCUUUCCUCUCCUGAACAAGACGCUAGCAGGCUCAGAACAUGAGUAAGCCCAGGUGCUCCAGAAAGAUUUAACAGGUCUUCUCACAGCUAAGCCUUAGAAGUUCGAGUAUUUCCUUGAUAUGGGAAUUUCAAAGGUCUCUAACAAGUUUCUAUAGUUAUUACUUGUUGCAUUUUUGGAAUAUGGGCUAAUUGCUUUAUGUGGUCUUUUGGUUGUGCUCUAGAAUCUGGUAUGCCUCAAACAAUAGCUUUCCAUCUUAGCCUACUCUCAAAAAGAGAGAACAAAAAGCUACCCAGCCCCAGCUGUUCUGUUCAUUCAACAACGGAGAAUUAAACUUUUUUUUAACCUAGCUUAAAAAAUGAAAGCAUAGAAUUGAUUUCAGUAGCUUUGAUGAAAUGAUCAAAACACAUCAAGCUAUUUUAUCUCUAAACGUGCUUGCUGGACAUAGUACAUUGUAAGGCUUGGGACUCCAAAGGGGAUACCAGAACAUCAACCCAAACAUCACAGAACUCUUCGCAUUCUCUACUUUAUAAAUUCUUCUGAUUUGUAAAGGCAGCUUCUGCAACCUUGAACAAAAUGGUAAGGAUAACUUGGAGAAACUGCCAGUUUACCUUAAUGUUAGAAAAUGAUACUUCUUUUAAAGCACUAUUUAAUUUAGACUUCAUCUAAUUCAAAUUGUCUUAAUGUUAGAAAAUGAUACUUCUUUUAAAGCACUAUUUAAUUUAGACUUCAUCUAAUUCAAAUUGGCUUUCCCAUUUACACAGAAGGAUCAUAGAAUCAAAGAAAUGAUCUAAUUCAGCCACCUCAUUUUACAAAUCAGUAGAGAACCUUUUAGGUUAAAUGACACAGCCAGGUUUUAGCAGAUCACUUGGCUCCUAGACCGCAUUCUGUCCCUAAAUGAUCAGUGUGUUAGCCAUAAGUAAUUCUUUUAAGUAAUUUUUUUCAUUUCUUUUAGACUUUUGAAAAUUACAUGAGAAAUACAUGAGUGUAUAACUAUUAUAAAAUAGCACAGGAAUAGAAAGUAAAGUCUACCUCCAUACAAACGUGCUGUUUAAUCCAUUCUCUCCAGAGGGAAUCAUCAUUCAUUCUUUCAGAAGAAACUUGUGUAUGCAUUUACAUAUCUAUGUAUAAAAACUCGGGGGGCAUUUAAAAUCGAGUCACCUAGGGAUCUCUUUCUUGGACCAUAUUGGUAUAAACUUUAUGGGUAGAAGCAGAAGUUUCUGAGAUCCUUCUCUACCAGAUGAAUCUGUCAAAUGUAGCAUAUUGUGGUUAAUAUAGAUGUUUCACAGACCUACUUAUGUACCAUCAAGCUUUAUCAUAUUCUAAAGUUCAAAAGUGAGUUCCAGUAUGCACUAUUGUGUUGAGUUCCAUUAUGCACUAUUGUGUUUUCUUACUGGAAAUAUAAUUUCUGUUCUUAACACCAUCAACUAAGCUCCCUGUACUGUGAGAAAAGAAAGUGAGUAACCGACUUAUGAAAUCCAUAUAGAUUUCCUCCACAGGGCUUUCUUGGCUUCCCUGUCUCUGCAGAGGCACACAAUAUUAUAGAAAACAGAAGACAAAAGAAUAAUCUUGUGCAAUUUUUUUUUUUUUAGACAGGUUCUCACGUUGUCACUCAGGCUUGAGUGACGUGGUGUGAUCUCAGCCCACUGCAGCCUCAAUGUUCCAGGCUCAAGCAAGCCUCCAGCCUCAGCCCCCCAAGUAGCUGGGACUACAGGUGUAUACCACCAUGCCAGCUAAUUUUUUAUGUUUUUCGUAGAGAUGGGGUUUCGCCCUAUUGCCCAGCCUGGCUUGUGGAAUUGCAUUUUUUUAAAAAAAUAGCUAAUGGAGAUUCUGAUAAUUCUUAUUGUUUCCUGGUCAACUUCUGUGUCUUUCCUAACUUUCAAGCUGUCAGUAGAAAUGAUGAACUGUAGCAGGCCAGGAGCUCAGCUUCAUUUGGUCACUUCUUCCUUUCCUGUCUUCUUGCCCAUCCAGCUUUCCCCUUUCUGGUGGUGUCUUUUUAUUUCUGACCAUGCUUGGGAGCAAGCUGUGUGACACCCAGAUUUUCUGAGUUGUCAGCGGUGGAGAGGAGAGAGCCGGAAGUGCAGAUUAUUCAUGGACCCUACUAGAGAGGACAGAGAAAAAGAGCACUGGCGUAGGAGCCCACGGGUCUGGCUCUUAACCCUGGCCUGGUGACUUCAGCUAUUUGACCUUGAGCAAGUCACUUCAUUUCUCCUUUAGCAACAUCUCUUAAAAUGAGGGAGUGAACAAAGAUGUUCCCUUAGGUUUCUUCCAAUUCAGAAAUACCAGUUCAUUCUUAUUUAAAUAUGAACAUGACCAAAGCAUGUGCAGUCUGCAAAGCUGGAGAGCUGCCCAGCACCUUUGUGUUUCCAUUCGUGCAGUAGCCCCCCUCAUGUGAGCCCUGUACGUGAACAUAUGAAAUCUUAUGCUGCGUCCACAUUCAAUAAGAAGAAAUUGCUUUUUCAGUGUCUGUGGGAGGAGAUAAGCUGCAGGUGCUGUUUAUUUUCCCAAAGGACUUUAUAUAUGAAACACAGGGUUUAUUAAAUUUAUCAAAUGCAAUAAGAGAAAAAUCUGUCAUCUGAUGUUGAGAUAGCAUUCUGGGAGCCAGGUCGGGGUACUGCAUUUGCUCACCAGAAUCAGAUCAAACUAGAUACGAGUCCUUUGGUUUGGUUGGAUUCAUCGGGAGGCAGCAUGGGUUUGCACUUGUAGAAAUCAAAACCGUUGGGUCAGAUAGUAAAGCCGAUCCUUGAACUUACAUCUUUAGUUAAGGCAUCAAAGAAUUGUAAGUUGCUUUGCAAUGAUGCCAUCUCCACAUGGUCAUAUUCUUCCAGUAAACUGUGCAGAUAUUUUACAGAAUAAGAGCAAAGUUUCAGCAUGUCAAGGAAUGAUCUGUACUCAAGUGUUAGUAAACAAGGCUUUUUUUGGUUUUGUUUUUUUUUUUUGAGACAGAGUCUCUGUCAUCCAGGCUGGAGUGCAGUGGCACAAUCAUAGCUCACUGUAUCCUCAGACUCCUGGGCUCAAGUGAUCUUCCUGCCUCAGCCUCCUGAGUAGCUAAGACUAAAAGCGCAUGCCACCACCCCCAGCUAAUUUUUUAUUUUUUGUGGAGAAGGGGUCUCACUGUAUUCCCCAAUCUGGUCUUGAACUCCUGGACUUAAGCAAUCCUCCCACCUCAGCUUCCCAAAGUGUUGGGAUUACAGGCGUGAGCCCCCAUGCCCAGCCAACAAGACUUCCUCGUGACUAUAAUGUGAGCAUAAUAUUAAUAGCUCUGAGAGAGAGAAGUGAACCAGAAGACCAACCUCAGUGUCAGGAAGUCUGGGUCUCUGUCUUCUGCAUGGCUGCCAAGCAGCCUUGAGGCUUUGGGCAAGUCAUCUGUUCUCUCUGAACAUUGGCUUCCUCACUUCUAAAAUAGGAGGGCCGGAGAAGAUGUUUCUUUUUGCUGAAAAGUUUUACAGUUCUCUGAUCUACACCUCUUGGUCACACACAACCAAAAAGUAGAAAACAUGAGUGCAAUACUUUUCCACCGGUACUCCCAGUUUAUACAUUAUCUUCUCAAACCAACAAGGAACUUCUACAAGGCCCUGUUAGUGAUGUGUUACAGGUGCCAGCAUUAGGGAAACUUUCAGACUGUUAUAUCUAUUCGUUCCUUCAUCUAUGCAUACUUCUAUUCAUUCUGUAUACAGAGUAAUUAUAUAUGUACAAUUACAUGACAGUGAAAGAUAAUCAGAAAAAUGAAGAUUUUUUUUUUUUUGAGACAGAGUCUUGCUCUGUUGCCCAGGCUGGAGUGCAGUGGCGCGAUCUUGGCUCACUGCAACCUCCGCCUCCCAGUUCAAGGGAUUCUCGUGCCUCAUCCUCCCGAGUAGCUGGGACUACAGACAUGAGCCACCACACCCAGCCAAUUUUUGUAUUUUUGUUAUAGAUGGGGUUUUGCCAUGUUGGCCAGGCCAGUCUCGAACUCCUGGCCUCAAGCGAUCCGCCUGCCUUGGCUUCCCAAAGUGCCGGGAUUCCAGGCAUGAGCCACUGUGCCUAGCCAGAAGGUUUUUUUAAAAAAACAAAGACACCCCUGAACUAACAAUUACAAAGAGCUAGUGACAGUUUCCUGAAUAAUUAUGCAUAGCAGGUUCCCAUAUAUUAUUCUCAAAUCAUAAACCAUUACUGAUUUUUUGAGGAAAAGACAUUCUGCCCCACUGAAAUUCCUUUCAUGAGUAAGACCUGGAUCUGUCUGGAGGCACAGAAUUAAUUUUCGCAUGAGGAAUCCCAACCCUACCAUCAUUCCAUGGCUGAGGAAUGGGUUAUUACUCCUAUGGGAGAUUGAGAAUGUUGUUGGUACCCCAGCUUUCUCAAGACAAAAUUUAACAAAUGUAUACAUGCUAAGAUGCAUAUACUUAUAAGGCUUUUUGGGUCUCCUUUCUAAGGGGAAUUUGAAUACUAACAAGAACAAAGACUAAACACCAAAAGGGGACUUUCUAAUGGUAGAAUUUGGGAUAUCAGCUAGCCACAUAGAGCAGGGCUUACUUUGGGGACUGGAGACUGCAGAAACCCUUCAGGUUUCUACCUGCGAGUAAACCUAACCACACUUGAUGCAUUGCUGAAGUCCCAGCCCCCUGAGCCUUUGCAGAAACCCAAAGAAUGCUAAAAAGGGCAGGUUUUAGUUCCUGCCAAUUAUUUCAUUUACUACAAAUGCCCCCAGUUCCGAAUUUACUUCCCUCCCCACCAGAAAUAUGUCAUUUUGGAGGCUUAUGGAAAUUAAGCAUUAAACUCUCACCUCCAUCCUAAUACAUUGCAUCCACAAGUCCCAAACAAAAUCGCUUCCUUGGCCUACACACGUAACCACCUGUUUCUGUUUAGGUCUGUGACUCAGAAAGUGCCUGGAAGAAGUCAUGAGAGGAGUCUAUCCCGUCUUACCUGCCACAGGAAGAAUAGGGCCUGCUCAGUAGAGUUCAGUGUGUGUGUUGAGGGUGGUGGUUCUUAGUCCUUCCCUGAAUUCACUAAUUCGCAUUGCACUCACUCUUCCUGAUCAAUGAGUUAUUGCUGAGAAAUCAUUGUAGUAAGACAGGUGUCCCCAGUGAAGCAGUCCCUCUCCUCCAAACCUCUGCUGUCCCUUGGAUUUUGGCUCCAGGAUCCUUGCCCCAUGUCCCAAAGAAUCCCCACCUGCAGGCCUCCCUCCUCUUUUGCCAAUUGCACUUGACCUUUUCAGGAAAAAGAAAUCAAUUGAUACCUUAGUCCUAAUGUUUGACCCUUUUCUAUCUCAGAAUAGAGAAGCCCCCAUAUUUGUUCUUUUUUUACUCAAGCUUAAUGUAGACCACCUAGGCACAGAAGCUCCGUGCUAUAUUCUGUUGCCUAUAAUUGUCCUUCCAUCUAAUUGGGGAAAAGGUUACUCUAUUGAACCAGCUGCUGAUUCCCUUACCUUUUCACUCGUCAGUAUUCCUUUACCAGUAAAUUCUUGGUUAUCUAGGUCCUGAAGUUUCAUUCAUGUUUUUUUAAAAGCUUUAAUUUUUCUUAGGAAAACUGUUCCUCUCAUCUUAAAGCAGACUAUGAUCUUUUCUACUUUGUAACACAAUUUGAACAUAAUGAACACUCUAAAGUCAGGCAUGGAUUUUAUCAUAAAAGCAUAUCGUAUUAAGAUUUUUUUAAAAAAAGAACCAGGAUUGAGGAAUCUGUAGCUAAUAAUUUAAUAAUUCACCAGCAUGUUUUGGGCUCCCGCUUCAUGCUGGCCACUGGGCUAGGCACUGAGGAUGCAGAAGCAAACAAAUCAGCCUCCUGGCCCUCAGAUUUGCAUUCCAGUGAGUCCAUUCAUAAAAACUAACUCAAAGCCAGCAACACCCCCAAAAGGGCUGUUGGAAGCUUUGUAGCUCAUCUGUACAGCUGUCUUGGUUCCUCUACGGGAUCUUACUUUCUUGGGAAAAUAUGUUCUAAAUCCUGUUUCCUUGGGCCAUUAAAAAAUCCAUGCUGUCCCUAAUCAAUAUAUAGUUAUGUGUGACCUUCAUAGAAUAAAAAAAUGCCGCUGGACAGCCUUUGAAGGGAAAGGCAGAGAAAUCUGUUUUGAUGGCUUGAAAAUAAGUGAAAAGGUUUUUAGGGAAAGCUAACAAGCUUUCAAAGAUUUCAGAUCUGCCAGCAUUCAUUCAUUAAGGCAUGGGAUUAGGCCAAAAGAGCCUCCUACCAAGGGAGAGACAGGAACCAUGUAAGGAGAUCUGUGAGACCGCAGUGGAAGAGUAUUGAAAUAGAAGCCAGACCUGUAGACAUAUUUGUUAAUAUUUGUGCUGAGCCAAAGUACAGGAGGAGUCUUGGAGGCAUGGAGCUGUGGUGGAAGCAGGUUCUGGAAAGCAGAACUCUGAAGCUGGCUCAUUCUCACCAAGUCAUCUGGCCCAGCCUCCCGCCUCCAAGCACAUCCUGCCUGCAGAGGGUCUGGCUAGCUGCCUUUUCAGCUCUCGAGGGAUGGAGAUUCUACAACCUCCCUCUGUCAUCAGUUCCAGAGCCACUCCCCUUUGCAGUAGAAGUUCUUGCUCUCAAAGAAUGAGGAUGUGAGGGAGGGAGGGGUCAAGAAACAGAGUGACAGGGGAAACAGGCAGAACAAGUCAGGGCAAAGGACCCCAGCAUGAAGAGUUGUGGAGAUGGAGGUGGAGAAACAGCCUCGCAACUCACACUUCCUUCCUUCUCUUAAAUGUGAGCAGCUGACUCCAAGGCUUGUGGAAACUCUAGAAGGUAGCACCAGCCAUCUGGGGAAGCUGGCCUCACAGAUGCCCCGUCUGGCGUAGUAGAGGUUCCUGUGCUCUGAGAACGCAGUGUGAAUCUAGACAUCCACUGCAGCCUGGGAAGAGCUGUGUUUUCUUCAAAAGUCUUUAACUUUCACAGUCACCCCUCUAAAGAUUGAAUGUUCUCUGAUUGAAGGCAUGCCUUCUAUACCUACUUUAUUGUGUUUCAUGCAUUCUGCCAGAGUAAUUACUUUUCAUACCAAUUCUUGGAUGCAGAGAAAUCUCUGGUAGUCUAAGGGGAUUUCGAUCCAAGUAAAGCUAUUAUCUCGUAUUCCAUCCAGACUUUUCCAUCUGCCUCCAUUCUCUCAGUCACAUACCUAGAAGCAGGCCAGAAAGCCUGCCCAACCAAAAUUACUCUCCAAAGCCCAAGCACUUUAUUGUUCUCCCUGUCUGUUCUCGAGCCAAGGUGUAUUUGGCCUCAUUUUAUGCCAUUAGUUGUCUGGCUUUCAUGGCUCUGCACCACAUUACAGUCAGAGCAGGAAGGCCAGCAGUGGAGAUAGAAUGAUGGCAGAAACCCAGAGUAGAGGCCUCUGCUGGUGAGGGAGCCUGCAGCACUAUCCACACUGGUGGGUCCUAGCAUGCCCAACAGACCCCCAUCCCUUCCCAUCAGCCUUGGGCCUUGAGUCUUAUUCUAACUCAUCCCCUCCCCCUUCCCUUCUUCCAGUCCCAGGCAACACUUGAUGCCUCUGACUCCUUUGAAGAGGGCAUCAAGAAGUGAAAGAACAAAGUCCUUUUCUGUUCGGGAUCUGGGUCCAUCCUGGGAAGGGUUUUUGGCAGAAAUGGCUGCAGUGGAACCCUCUGACUGCCAGGGUGAAAUAGUGCUCCAGCAGUCUGCGGUAGACUUGCUGCCAGAGUGGGUCACGACUGGCCCAGAGGACAGGGUCAUCUCUUGAGAGUCUUCCCAGCUCCAGGGCCUGAUUUUAAAGCAGUAACACGAGGAUAUAGGUUAUAUACAGGCUCCUGGAAGGCAGGUGCCGCAGCUCCUGUGACACCCCAUAUGCAUGAGCAAGCUUCUCCAGCACAAGAGAUGAUGCAAGUAUGAAUGGGUGCGGGGGGAGCUUAAAACUUGCCACACUGAGACUUGAUGCCAGGGGCCGUGCACCCGCUCUGCCACCUGCUAGGUCUGUGCAAUGGUCAGAGCAGGGGUGUGUGAUGAGUUCAGCUCCCAAGCACAUCCACACUUAGAAAGUGUUCUGUGUGUUUUUAAAUAAUCCUUACCAUGUAAAGAUUGUAUUACAUUUGUAUACAAAAUUUUUUUGCAUUUUACUUUUGUAAUAUUUGGGGUUUUAUAGAUUUUUAUUUUAUGGCCAAGUAUACUUUUGUAAAGAAAUGUUGAAGUCUUGAGUAUUUUUAUUCUUUUAAAAAACCAUAGUUAGUGUCAACUGUGAGCACUGAUAAAUAUUAUUCAUGUGUGGUUUUCCUUCUUUUUAAUCCAGACUUUUUAAGAAACUGUUUUGGCAUAGAGUUUUACUUAAAAUGCUGCUUCAUUUUACACAUUGUGAAUACUGAAGAUUCUAAACAAUAAAGAUGCAUUUAAAAUCUCUGUGCUGUUCCAUUGUAGAAAUGGUAAUGUGCAUUGCUUUGCCAAAGUGGUAAUUAAAUGUUUAAUGGUUUAGAACUCCUAGUUCACAACAGGGCUUCUCGUCAUCACUCGCAGUGUGUGAGCUUCCAAAUAAGCCGCCAUUUCUUUGGAAAACGCACGCACUUAGGCAUGGCGAUCUCCUGUUCUGUUAGGAAAUACGGUUAUGUUGACAUUAUGGUUACUGUGCUUGUGGUUUUGCAAUAAACAUGUAUUGAAAGCA